UUUUCCCCUCCAGAUAUGAUCAUUCCAGAGAAAGAGCAGGAGCAGAUUGUGUUAUCAGAGAUGCCAUGCCAGACUCAGGGAGAGCCGAGAGCCCGAGAGCAGGAAGAGCAGCUCAGGCAGCAGGUGGAAGAGCCACAGGAGAAUGGCCAGAGCAUCAAGGCAGAGCCACAAGCAGAGCUGCCCGAAGCUCAGAGUGCCAUCACAGAAGUGAAGAAGAGGAACCAGGAAGACACGAGAAGAAUUCAAGAGGAGAUGAAUCUCCAUCAGCAGAGGGGCGAUCAACAAAACCAGGUGAGUGAAAGAGUGGCAGCCACUCCACUCAUGAAAGAUCCUCUCUCUCGUAUUUUACAGAAAUUGAAGGAACAGCUGGACACAGACUUUCAGAAAGCUCACGCUAAGAUCAAGGCAAGGGAGAAGAGGCAGGAGGAAGAAAUGAAAAUCAUCAGAGAAAAACUUAAUCCCCUCCCUCAGGCUCUACAAAAGCAAGUGCAAGUGUUGACAUCUCACCGGGCAGCCGGCAAAGACUUCCGGCAAAUGAGUGGCACUGAAGAGCCCCGAGGCUGGCGUGAGGCACAGGAACUGUCCCCACCAAAGGUGCUACAGAUCUACAAGGGCUUUGUCACCAAACCUGCUGCCGCAGCAGCAUGGUCUAAAGGAGCCUUUGCUCUCCAACCUGAGAAGUGGAGCCGGGGCGGUUUGUUCAUCUCCAGUGCUGACCCAGCUGCUGCUCAGCAACAGGAGAUCAAGGAUGACUCCCUGGAGCUACGGAGGAAAAUAGUGAACAUGGAAAAUCCCAUGAUGAAAUACACGGAACUGGAAUAUAUUGGCAGAGGGACUUUUGGAGAUGUUUGCAGAGCACUUGACAAUGCCACAGGAGAACAGGUGGCCAUAAAGAAAAUAAAUCUCCAAAAACUGAGGAAGAAGGAACUAAGAGUCAAUGAACUCAUGGUCAUGAAGCCAAAUAUGAAUCCCAAUCUGGUCAACUAUUUAGACAGCUACCUUGUGGAUGGGCAGCUCUGGCUGGUCAUGGAGUACAUGGACGGAGGCACCCUGAGCGAUGUCAUCAGCGAGACCUACCUGUCUGAAGACGAGAUGGCAGCCAUCAGUCGGGAGUGCCUGCAAGGCCUGGAUUUUCUUCACUCGAACCUCGUGAUCCACCGAGAUGUGAAGAGCAGCAACAUCCUUCUCAGAACCGACGGCUCUGUCAAGCUGGCUGACUCUGGCCUCUUUGCUCAGCUCAGCCCUGAGCAGAGUCGACGGAGCUCAGUGGCCAGCACUUCUGGGUGGAUGGCGCCUGAAGUGGUGACAGGUCAACCAUGUGGCCCCAAAGUGGACAUAUGGUCUCUUGGAAUCCUGGGCAUCGAAAUGGUGGAACGAGAAGUUCCUUACUGGAAUGAAACUCCUGUUUCGCCUCAACUCCUGAUAGACAUACGAGGGACACCAAAGCUGCAGCAGCCCAACCGAUUCUCGCCUUGCCUGCGUGACUUCCUGAGGCGCUGCCUGCGGACAGACGAGGCACGGCGCUGGUCUGCCAAGGAGCUCCUGCAGCAUCCAGUUGUAACACUUGCUGAACCUGCGUCCAGCCUGGUGCCACUGAUUGUUUCAGUGAAGAAGAGGAAGGAGACAAGAAUGUGAUAAUCACAUCAGGACCAUUACCAUUGACUUAGAGUAGGAUUGUAGGUUAGGGUUAGGGUUAGGGUUAGGGUUAGGGUUAGGGUUAUGAUUAGGGUUAUGAUUAGGGUUAGGGUUAGGGUUAUAAUUAGGGUUAGGUUUAGGGUUAGGAUUAGAGUUAGGGUUAGGGUUAGGGUAAAGUUAGGGUAGGAUUGUCUAAUCGGACUUGGAACAGUAGGAUUGGAAAUGAAUAAAGUUUCUGAAACUACACCUCACCUUGAAGAUUCCCUUCUUUCUCACUCUGUGAAUAACCUCGAGAUUUUCUUAUGAAUUGUCAGUUGUUUCCAAAAGGUGGAAAGUGACACUUAUGGAGUCUUUGGCACAGUGUCAAAGUGGAGAAGGCUCUUCUUCAUUCAUCUUCUCCAGACCACACUGCCUUUGGAAUAUGGCCCACUGGCCUGUUUAUGCCCAGCUGUGGUACUUCUAUCUGAGGCAGAAAUGGCAAUGGCAUUAGCAGGAAAAACCAAAGGGGGAGUGGGGAAGCCAAACCAUCCUGUGCUGAUGCAGGCCUUCAGCUGUGACUCCAGAGCACUUGGGCGGCUGCCACUUGGAUUUGUAUCCCUGAGUGCAAUGUCUUUGGCUGGAGGAGAGCCUUGCUCAGCUGAGAAAGCAGCAAGAUCAGAGGGGGUGCUCUGAAAGGUCUCCUGCGGUGCAGAGCUGUCAGCGACUGUGAGGUGAGAGCGGGCCCGGCCUUGCCCGGGCUGGAGCCGCAGCAGAGCCCCGGCAGAGCCCGGAGCAGCCUGAGCCUCGGCAGAGGCAGGCUGCCAGGAGGCCCUUGUAGCUGCAGGAGGCAGCAGCCCGGCCCUGCGUGCCUCUUCCUGGCCCCGGGUGCAUCCUCCGCUCUCAGAGGCCAAGCGGCAGCUGGCUGCUGCCGAGGGGAAGCGGAGCCCUGCUGGGCACAGCCCAGCCCGGAGGCAUUGGCCGUCUGGAGUCUGCCCCGGGCGAGAGAAAGGGGAAGGGCAGCCGAGGGCCGGUGGCCUGGCUGAGCAUUCCUACUCUUCUGCCGGCUGCCCUGUGACUCCUGGGAAAGGUUAGCAGUGUGUGCAGCACUCUGGGCACCGGGGGAGGGAGCCGGGCUGCUGGGCAGGCUGGAGCCCAGGGCAGCGUCCUUCAGGCACGGCACUUCUGCCAGGGGAGCCGAGGCCAGCGGGAGGCAGUGACAGCUUGUCAGCUCCCGUCUGCAGGAGCCGGUGCCUCACACAGCUCUGGGAGGAAGCGCCUGCAGUCCUGCAGUUCUGCACUGAGCCAGAGCAAAGGUGGGAAAUGCAGAGUGUUUUGCAGGAAUACUCGGGGCCAGCAGGCCAGCCUGCUUUGUGCUGUCUGGCGCACAGCAAGCGCUGUGCAACGCAGCUCUGAGCUGCUGGGAGAGAGGGAAUUGGGGACGUGCCUGAGGGUUUUGCUUGAGUAGUCAACUGAUUGGGAAGAGAGCAGAAUAAUUGCAGUUGGCAAUCUGUGUUUUCUUCAUUAAUUUCUGAAAGAAAGUCACAAUGUGUUGUGGGUAUUGUCAAAGAAAAGCCUUAUAAAAAAAUCAGGCUUUGCUCUGCUAAAAAUGACCAGCUGGCCUGUUAUGUCUUCUACAUACAGCUAGCUAACUUCCCAUGUGAAAAAUCAUAAAAAUGACUGCAGUUAUUACAGUUUGCAUCUGGAAUAAACAAGAAAUCUGUCCUAUGAGAGUCCACAAAGGAAAAAAUGUAAACACCUGAGUAAAAGAGAGAGUCUUAGCACUUCCACACAAAAACACCUUCUCAGCAAUGAAUUGUGUGGCAAGAAAACAAGCAGGCAAUUGGAGUUGAACAUCAGGUCUGUGAAAAUGGUAUAAAAAUGACUUAUGUGAAUAAAGAGUUGGCUUUCCCUGCACGAAGAAACUGAGUCCCGUCUACUUUAUUGACACAGCAAUGUGGCUUCACUCAGCAAGAGCAGUCGCAGGGUGUAUUGAUGAAAGGCUUGGUUUGAUUCCCAGAAUGGGAAGGAGAGGCGCUAAGUGUAACAAAUAGGGCUUAGUCUUGUGAAUUCCUUUAGCUUUAACAGGCAGCACUGAACCCUGUAUUGCCCCAUUGCCGUGCUUAAUGUGUGCAAGUGGCUGUUUUAGCCUUGAGAAUAAAGAGAGCGGUCCUGCUAAGAAGGUAGCUGGAAUGCAUUCAAAGGGAAGGAAGUGUUUUUAGGAGGCUCUUGACCAGCAAUGGAGAAUUUGAGGAAUGGAAUAUUUCCCAAACGCCUGAGUCAGGAACUGGAGUCGUGUCCAAGGCCCUGCCAUAUUUGAUCUGUCUUUGAGCAGGUUGACAAGACAAUGAAGAAAAGUGUAUUGUUUAAUGGAUGGUGUUAUGGACAAAUUCAACUGGGGAGGCCAGUUAUAGAUAAAUCAAUUAACAAGAAUUUAUUAAGCAAGUGGUAAUGAGCAAAAGACAGCGCUGGGUGGACAGAGAGUCUCUGCUCUACCACGGCGUGCCCUCCCCCCUUGCCCUUUUUGUUUUUAUAGUCCAUUUUUUUUUCUUCUUUCCAGUUGACGUAUUUUCUCUCAAUGCACUCUGUGCCUGUGCAAUUGGUUGCUAGGGGGUCUUUUUUUUCUGCCCUUGGUGGUCGGAGGGAUGAAGGCUCCUCAUCUUCCUUGCAGAUUGUCCUUGGCCUAAAAGUUAACUUGUAUAUAAUUAGUUACACAGUCUUCUAUGCUACUUGCAUCUGCACAAUUCUUAAGCAGGAUACUUGCUGUUCCCUCGGCCCCCCCCCCUCCUUCUCCUCCCACAUCUUGAAAUUCCCUACUCAGUUCAAAUUCUUAUCUCCUUCAAUGCUCGUUUUGAUGAAGACCUUUCUAUUUAUUACAGGUGGGAACAUGAUCCUUGAAAGAGAAGCAAUGUAUUGGUCAAUGGGUGGGCAGUUAAGGUUUGAAAGGGGAACAAUGCAUAAGGGAGCUGUUGUUGGCAUGGGGUCGGUAUCGGGAGCCACCGCGGCUUCAUCUCACGUGCCGGCCAUGUGUGAGCUGAUGCUGUAACUGGGAAAAUUCCGCUCCUGUGCAGGAGAUAUAAGGCCUGGUUCUGGGCUGGAGGGGUGAGAAGGACGAGAUGCACACCCUUUUGAUCCAGGGGAAGUCCUGGAAGUGCACUGCCUACCUGCCCCCCCCACACCAAGCACCACGCUCCAUCUCCCUCUCCUGCUCAGCAGAUUUUUGGGAAACCAGGGGUUGGUAUGUAUUAUUUGCCACUGGAACUAAUGGAAUAAAUUUGCUUUGCAAGCCCA